GAAAUUCCCAAUGCCACUGCAAGUGUGCCUCAAAGUAGCUUCAACUAAAGCAUGGGAUUGCCACAUUAUAAAUAUUUUCAUGUCGGAGAAUCCGUUACGAUGCAAUCGAUCAGGUAAACUGUACUGUAAACUCGCCUACCUGCCCGAAGGACCAGAGAUCAGACCUAACAAUGCAGAAGUGAUGACGCAUUCCUCCAUCCCUCGCGUUGCGCAGGUAGAGGAUCGUCGGCACCAAUUCUCCAUUCAACUGAAACAUGUUUGCCGAAGCAGCUCAGCGUUCCAACUCCAGCACUGCUGUGCCGGAGAAGAGCUCUCUCACCGGCGCCGCCACCAACAUGAAGAAGCUACUAAAAACCAUCAGGCGAAUCUUCACCCACUCGAAGGCGGGCAAGGAUCUCAGCGAGAUCCGUCACACGUGCCACAGCGAGGAGGAGCAUCAGAACUGGCUAAACGAACAACUAGAGACCAGCAAAAUCUCUCUCCACUGAGGAUAAACUGGCGAUCCCUCUGAGCAUCUGUGAUGGGACUUGAUUGCAUGGUCGAUAAAUGAGCACGCCGGCUUUAAACUCAAACUGUGAUUAAGAGAGCACAAGACUGACCUGCUUCUGUGCCUCGAAAGUACAACACUGUACACACUGCACUAUAUGUAUAUAGAAAUCUUGAAAUGCUUUAACUUAUCCUAAGUAAUAGCUAUAAUCAUUGUCUUCCAUUAGUUUUAGGAAAAUUGUCUUCCAUGUUUGUUUGUUUAGGGUUCAAAAUUAGGCUUAAGAAUAAAAAAUCCCUCGAGGAAAAAAAAAACUAUCUGGUUACA